AUGAUGUGCGAGGAGAUAAAGACAACUGCACAGAAGCACAUGCAGAGCCUGAGACAACACAGCAAGGAGGAGCUGAACAGGCUUAACCAGGCCAUCCAGCGGCUGACGGUGGAGCCCUGCGAAGCAGAGAGACGCAAGGACCCCCCAGCUCUGCAGGAGGAGGGUGCCUCAGGCAGUGCCAAGAGCAAGCUGGCCUGGCUGGAGGCCGCCUUGCAGCGGGCCAAGCAGGACAUGGUGCGGCAGCUGCGUGAGUACCAGGAGCUCAUGAUUGUCAGGCUGGGCCUGGAUUUUGAGAUCGCCACUUACCGCAAGCUGCUGGAGAGCGAGGAGAGCAGGCUUGGUCUGGGACUUGGGGCACAGAGCAUCACCUCCUGCCGCCUGGAACAGGCCCAGGCGCCCUGGACACGAGCGCCCCUGGCGGCGGCUGCGCGCUCUGCAGCUCCCCCGGCUGUGUCGCGGGCUGCGGCUGCAGCGGCUCCCCGAGAUGCUGAACCUCUGCCGCCCAGCCCCGGAGAAGUCAAGGAACCCUAG